CGGGGAGGCGAGAACCAAUAGCCGCGACGCUUACAGCGCAGCAUUGACGUCUGGAGCCAAUAGGGUGAGGGCUUUCUGGUGAUGCCCUGUCGGCAGCGGGCAUGGCGCCUCCCGCACGCUACUGCGUCCCUGGCGAGCGGCUGUGCAGCACGGAGCAGGCCACGGCUGGCAGCGGCACCUACACUCGUCAUGGCUUCAUCUUCUCCUCGCUGGCGGGCUGUCUGGAGAGAAAGAAUGAGGACAGCGAGCUGCCCGUGGUGUCGGUGGUGAGAGACAGCGAGUCCCAGCUGCUGCCCAACGUGGGGGCUGUGGUGACAUGCAAGGUCUGCAGCAUUAACUCUCGCUUUGCCAAGGUCCACAUCCUCUAUGUUGGCUCCACGCCGCUGAAAUCCACCUUCCGAGGCACCAUACGGAGAGAAGAUAUCCGAGCCACGGAGAAGGAUAAGGUAGAAGUGUACAAGAGCUUCCGCCCCAGUGACAUCGUCCUGGCCAAAGUUAUCUCCCUGGGGGACGCGCAGUCCAACUACCUGCUGAGCACAGCAGAGAACGAGCUGGGCGUGGUGGUGGCACGCAGUGAGGCAGGGGUGCAGAUGGUGCCCAUCAGCUGGUGCGAGAUGCAGUGCCCACGCACACACACCAAGGAGUUCCGGAAGGUGGCCCGGGUGCAGCCCCAGUUCCUGCAGACCUAACACCUCAGGGGCGCAGGGGGCUGUGGAGCCACAGCAGCCCCUGGGCCCCCACCUCCUUCCCACGUUCAGCCAGGCCUCCACUGGCAGGACAGGUUUGCUGCUUUUGGAUAAUAAAAUGUUUUUUGAGA